CUCCAAAAUUCUCUUCUAUUUUCGGUCGUCUUUUCCUCAAUCACUCUCUCUUUCUCUCCUUCAUUUCAGGGGCUCAAGUUUUAGGGUCAUUUAGCCCUAAUUUGUGCCCCAAAAGGUCUCUCAUUUAGCCCUUUUUCCAUCAGUCCUUCAGCUAUAAAUACCUCAAUAGAUAGCUAUAUGAAACAUAAAUUCUUUUCUGGAAAAUGGCAAGGAUAAUUGGACGAAUUGCGAUUUGGAAUUUCAAUCUAACAGCGUUGCAAAUCAAUUUUCAUGGGUGUUCGGAUCGUUUCGUAUCUGCCGUUGAUUCAUUUUCAGCUGCCUGCGAGGCAUUUUCUGAACAUCGUCGUCCUCGUCUUUGAUUUCUUGUAGUUCUUAAUUUUUUCUUUCCUCCUCAGUUGUUGGUUUUUUUCUUUUCAAAAAAUCAAAAGGAGAGAGAUUUUGGGAAAGGUAGAUUGGGUUUGUUACGGAGAUGAAUUCUAGGGCAGGUUCGUUUUUGUCAGCGCCAAAUGCUAAGCUGAAGUUGGAGGCCAGUGAGAAUGAUAUUAUUUUAGAAGUUUCCCCCGAUAAACGAUAUAUUCGGUAUAAUGAAAUCUUGGGGAGAGGAGCAUUCAAGAUUGUUUAUAAGGGGUUUGAUGAAGUAGAUGGAAUUGAAAUUGCGUGGAACCAAGUAAGCAUUGACGACGCAUUGCAGUCUUCAGAAAAUCUUCGAAGAUUAUAUUCUGAGGUUCACCUGUUGAGAACAUUGAAACAUGAGAACAUCAUGAAGUUAUAUACCUCUUGGGUUGAUGAUGAGAACAAAACAAUAAACAUGAUUACUGAGUUGUUCACUUCAGGAAGUUUGAGGCAGUACCGCAAGAAGCACAGAAAUGUCGAGCUGAAGGCUAUUAAGAACUGGGCUAGACAGAUACUGCAAGGCUUACACUAUCUCCACAAUCAUGACCCACCGAUCAUUCAUAGAGAUUUGAAGUGUGACAAUAUCUUUGUUAAUGGAAAUCAUGGAGAAGUUAAAAUUGGAGAUUUAGGCUUAGCAACAAUGAUGCAGCAGCGUACUGUGCGAAGUGUUAUUGGCACUCCUGAAUUUAUGGCUCCUGAGCUCUAUGAAGAGGAGUAUAAUCAACUUGUUGACAUCUAUUCUUUUGGCAUGUGUUUGUUGGAGAUGAUAACCUGUGAAUAUCCAUACGGUGAAUGCAAAAAUCAAGCUCAAAUCUAUAAAAAGGUCACUUCAGGGAUAAAGCCAGCUGCGCUUGGUAAUGUUAAGGACCCCCAAGCAAAGCAGCUCAUAGAAAAAUGUUUGCUCCCAGCAGGUCAGAGGUUGAAUGCAGCAGAGCUCUUGAAAGAUCCGUUUCUUUCAUCUGAAAGUUCAAAGGAGUUACUGUGCAAUCUUGUGCAACCGCUUAGUAUUACAUCCAAAGCAAUGAACUUUUGCAAGGCUGAUUCUCUUUCUAUGGAUAUAGAACCUACAUACAGAAAUGUGUCAUAUGAUGCCUGUGGAGAAAGCACCAUUGAAACCCAUAACGUAAUGUUGCACAGAUACAACACCAGAAAUGAAUUUAGAUUGCGAGGGGAAAUUCGUGAUAGUUGUUCCAUAUCAUUGACAUUGCGCAUUGCUGACUUUCAUGGGCGGGUAAGGAAUAUCCACUUUAUGUUCUAUCUGGAUGCUGAUACUGCGAUUUCAAUAGCUGGCGAGAUGGUUGAACAGCUUGGUUUAUUGAGUGACGAUGUCUUUCUCAUAGCGGAGUUGAUUGACUGUUUAAUUUUAGAAAUGGUUCCCGACUGGAAACCGUCAUUUGAAAGUUUGGCUGGAGUAGGCGACUUAAACAAGAAGUCUGGCAUAUGUCAAAAUGGUCACCUCUUAACAAGCUACAGCAUAGAACGGGGAUCGAAUAGUAUGCCCUGCCAUGAUUUAAAUGAACCGCAUGCUUUUACCGAAUUCAUUUUUGUUGACAGACAUGAUGCUGAAGAGUCAGUUGAGAAGUUAUCAAAGCACGAUCAAGGAUUUACUAAUUCUUUGUGCAGUUCUGACUUAGGCAUUGUUUGCAAGAAAUAUGGCGCUGAGGUUUACGACGGUAAUAUCAGUGAGUCUGUGAUGAGUGAAUGUACAAAGAAAUCAGGGUUGUCAAUUGUUGGUUCUAGCAGUGCAAUAUCUAACGAUUUGUGCUUCAGUUUUUCUUCUGCGCCUCUGAAUGAAAAAGACUCAGAAAAAGAUCAAUGCUUAGAGCUGAAGCUAGAACUCAAUGCAAUAGCUGUUCAAUACGACCAGUGUUGCCAUGAACUUUUAAGGAUGAGAGAGGAGGCACUGGCAAAUGCUAAGAAGAGGUGGGCCACAAGCAAGACGAUGCCUGUUUCUUGAUGUAUAUUACUUGUAGGUUUUUUUUUUUAUUUCUGUUUUAUGGGCAUUUAGUUUCUUCUUUGAACAAAUGAGAACAAUUCUUUUCAGGCAGAUAAAGAAAUCUGGCUGGGAUCAAAUGUGUUUGUAAAUAAUAAAAAAAAAUGCUUGUUUUGGAAA